UGAUUACAAUAAGGUCUAAAUUUGCCUGAAUUACCUCCCAAGAGUGAGCAUCAGCUGGCUGACAUUUGACACAAGUGAAAAAAUAAAUUUGUUUGGGAAGUUUAUUUUUGUGACAUCAAUGUCAUUAAGGUGUUUUAUAGAGCAAGAUUUGCAGUUGCGCAAAGUUAGUCAUAGGAAUUUUUAUUCUUUUGUUUAUUAGUGUAAUUUACUAUGCACUAUGCCUCAUCCAUUACUAUUUUGUCGGAGCUUGGAAACUUUGUUAAAAUAAGUAGUUGAUUAUUUUUGCAUUGUAGCCUAGAUAAUUUGAAUAUACACUGAGCUUUGUUAGUCUCCUAUAAAGUAUCUCUCCUAAGUCGUAUUCGUAAAGUUUAUCAGUUUUUGAUGAUACCAGAGUUAUUUUUGCACUGUAAAAGCGGUGAAGACCUAUUUUUAUAGGAAACGGCAUGCUACUUGCGUUCUAGUUUACGAGUACCUAUAUCUUGUCUAAGUGAAAAUGAACGACCUAGUUUUUAUUGGUGAUUGGACAAAGGACCGGGUUUUAGGAUCCGGAAGUUUUGGUGUCGUUGUCCUUUGGAGGCACAACCGAACUGACGAAAAGCUGGCUAUAAAAACUUGUAAAUGGAGCGACGAACUUACCGAGAAACACAGGGAGCGAUGGACCAAGGAGGUGGAAAUGUUGCAGAAAUCUGACAACGCGAAUAUUGUGAGUACGAAAGAAUUACCGCCAGAAUUUGUCAACGGCUUGGAACGAAUGAAUCCUUCGCGACUGCCCGUCCUGUGUAUGGAGUAUUGCAGUGGCGGUGACCUGCGCCAGCUGCUCAAUAAAGCGGAGUUCUGUUCUGGCCUGAAGGAGGUGCAAGUGAGGCAAAUACUCAGCGACAUUAGAAAUGCUAUGCAGUUUCUUCACGGCAACAAAAUUACGCAUCGAGACUUGAAACCUGAAAACAUUGUUAUGCAAAUCAUUGACAGUCCAGGGAAGCAAAACAUAGGCCCACAAUCGCAAAAGAAAGUAGUCUACAAACUUAUUGAUCUUGGAUAUGCUAAAGAAAUAGACUCAAACUCUGUGUGUGCUAGUUUUGUAGGCACUUUACAGUACCUAGCUCCGGAAUUAUUCUCCAGCAAAACUUACAGCAACUCUGUAGAUUUCUGGUCCAUGGGUUUAAUUGCAUUUGAAGUGAUAAGUGGUAUCAGACCUUUUCUACCAUACUUGGCACCUGUACAAUGGAUACCACAUGUCAAAAAGAAGGUACAUGACAACAUAAGUGUGUUUGAAACAUACCAUGGAGACAUUGAGUACUCAAAUGAAUUAUUUCCUGAAAAUUUUAUAUCAAAACCCCUUAAAGUGCUGCUAGAAAAGUGGUUGAGGGUUGCUUUAGAAUGGGAGCCAAGGUUGAGAGGAAGAGAUUCUCCAUCAAAAGUAACAUUUAACAUCCCUGCUGAACAAGCAACGGCAGCUAGUAAAAUUGUGAUAUUUGAUCUGUUACAAGAAAUUCUAUCUAGAAAGAUAGUAAAGGUAUUUUCAGUCUCUACACUCUCCCAACAUGCCUAUGAAAUUGAUGACAAAACCAACAUAUCAACAUUAAAAAAAUACCUAGAAGAUGAUACUAAAGUUUCUAAAGAAAACCAAAUUUUGAUCUCACCUAAAAGUUUUCUUGACCUUGGAGAUGAUGAAGUAGUUGUUAAUUAUUGGAAUGACUCUUGUAAUAACAUGCUUUAUCUGUAUGAUAAAACUAUCACGAUACAGGAUGUCAUCGAGCCAGUUGUGCCUAAAACUGUACAAAGGUCUCUUAAAGAAAAUCAAAAGGCAAUGUACAAUUUCAAAAACAGUCAGAAUCUGUACAGAAAUAGUGUGUAUUUUGUAAUGUCUCAAGUAGAAAUGUAUGAAUCUUUAAUAAACGGACUAUUUGUACGGGCAGAAUCCUUUAAACAUGGAAGCAAACUGUUGUUAUUGAACCAUAAUAAGGUUGACAAAUGUAUAGGAAAGUUAGCAGACAAGUUGGAAGUUGUUACAAAAAUGACAGAGACGGGUAAAAAGCAUAUUGAGAGGCUCAGGGACACCGGUACCGGUAUCAAUUACCUGGGUGGCUUUGACAAGAUAUUUAGAGAUGUUGAUGACCGGACUGAGAAAAUAACCAAAUUGCAGCUAGCUUGGAACCAGCUCUCCGUAAGACUACAAUCUGCAACAAGACGCAGCAACGAAGUCCUAACCACAGACAUAAACAACUUUGUUUCCAAAAACAACUUUCAAACAAUACUCAUGGACACUUUGAAAUCAUAUCUUCACUUCAGAAAGAGUGAAUUCUUCACCGACCAAAGAUGUAAAGAGAAGCAAUGCACUGACAUCAUAAAGCUUUCCUAUGAAUGCUUGAAACUUAGGUGUAAAAUCUUACAUGAGAUGCGUCAUCAACCAUUUGUGUUAAAGCUUGUAGAUCUCAACACAGAGCUAGCAAAGAUUGCAGAUAUUAUUUCAAAUGCUGCUGAUACCACAGACAAGUUAAAUCUAGACUUGACAACAGCAAUAGAUGAGUUAACCGAUUGCAUGUGGAACACAAUAAGUCUCUUAAGCAGUGAUGCGGAUGACAUAGCAAACUUGCCGUAUAGUGUGGUAUCAUUCCAGAAAAGAGACUUCAAAAUUGGCGAGCCGGUAUCAAAUCACUGUAUCCAAGUACCAAAUAUUCAAGAUGAUGAAAAACUCAAAUCACUAAUUGAAGAAAGUCUGAAGUUGAGGAAAAAUCAUUCAUAUUUAACUGAGCAGUUAAACAUGCAUAAAGAAUUGAUGAAAAAGUCCAGCUUUGAUUACAGUUUCUUAGCAGAAUAAAAAGGUAGAUUUAGUAGAGGACCGAGGAAGAAAAAUAUAAAUCUGAAUCUUUAAACAGUUCUUUUCUACUUUGUAAAGAAUAUAUUAUAUAUUGUUUUAUAUUAGUAUAUAUAUAUAUUGUUGUAUUUUUGUGCAAUGUCUGUUAAUUGUAGAUAACUAUUAUUUUUUUUAUUAGUUAUUCUGUUAUGGUUGAUUAGGAUUAAAAUUUAUUUAAAAACUACUGGUUAUCAGGUGCUCUAAGUUAAUGAAAAAGUGUCUUACUUAAAUCAUCAAUUACUGGCCACCUUCCAAUGACUGGAUGCCUUAUACUAAACCCAAGUAAAUUCUCAGGGCAAAUGUGAGUUAUGUAUUUGGUUUACUUGAAUUGUGAGAAUAAAUCAAUAUAAUUCUUAUUUUAGUAUGAGGUGGCCAGUAAUAAAUGAUUUACCCUAGUUGUUGGUAUAUUUUCCUAAUCAAAUAAAAUAUCUAUAACAGACUAUUGUCAUAGCGUUAAAAAUAUAGUGAGUGAAGAUCAUUUUUAACACUUCACUUGUCUAGCAACUUUUACUGCUGAUAGAUAGAUAGAUAAAAACUUUAUUCGUUUCCACAACAUACAUGGACAGUAGGUACGUUUAGAUAUUUUUCAUGCUGAUUGUGUUCACCGACAAAUAUUACUCUAAGGGUGCCAACUAAUUGCUGUUGUAUUUUGAACUUAUUUGUAUUUUAUUAAUGUUAAACUUUGAUGGGUGCUGCUGUUAGAACUUAAUAUACAACAAUUUAUUACUUAAA